GGACGGACCUACGGACAUGGCUAGCCCCUAAGGAGCUGCGCCCAUGAAAGAGAAAGAGGUGCGGAUAGCUCAGCGGGGCUCAGCGAACCUCGAUCGUUGAUUUUAUCCAGGAGCUUUAGUUUUUGGUGGUCAUGUUCACUCGCAUCGGCUCUGGCACUGAGCCUGCCACAACCCCAUCUAAUCGUGGUUUGGAUGUUCCAGAAGUCCCGCUCACCAAGUGGCUGUGUGCCUGCGCCAUCGCCGGUCUCAUCAUACUCGUCUUGCUUGUGGGACUCAAGGCUUUCACAAAAAGUGCGCUACCCGGAACCAAUGAAACAACCAGUCGAACACCGGACACCUUCCGCUCUUGCUCCAGUGGAAGCUGUCAACGUAUCCGCCAGCUUACAAACAUUCACCAGAACACGAGUUCAAACCCCUGCGCCAGUCUCUACUUCUUUACGUGCGCGCAGCACGACCACCCCAGGGGCCGACAUCUUCGUGCUAGGCUAGAGGUGCAACAGGUGCAGAGCAGUAUGUCGUCCAUGCCAGCCAAGAACCAAGCAGACAACCCAGCACUCGCAAAAACCGUCGCCUUCUACAAGACCUGCGUUGGUGUCAGGACACAGUCGGACAAGGAGUCCCUGUUGAGAUUUCUUCAACAUCAAGGUCUGCAGCCGCCGUCGCGCAAUUUCUCCCAACUCAUCUUCAGCAUGGCGGCUCGGUUCGGCGUGGGUCUGCUCAUCCAGUUCGAUUCUCACCAUUCUACCUCUCCCGGAGCUGGAGGGGAAGAUCGCACCCUUCAACUGAAUUGGAAUCAGAAUUUCUGGGUCUGGAAAACGUCGGGCAAACGACUGCUGGAUCCGACUGUGCCAUACCGGGAUUUUGUUGCUUCCGUGCAGCAGCUCAUCGGAGGCGGACAGACAAACUCGACCACAGAUGCAACCACCUUGAAUGAAAUCGCGGCCACUGAAGAGCUGGUGUGGGAAAUAAUCGACACCACGUACAAGGGCAACGGGUCCGAAAACCUCACCUUUGCAGCGUUCAAGAAGCUUCUGGUACACGUCAACCCCGACACGUUGUCUCAGGACCUAUUCAGUUCAGAAAUUCCGUACUUUCCCGAAGACAGCUUUCUCCUGAAAGGUGCAAAUCUGUUGCCCUGUCUCGACACCAUCCUUACCACCAUCCAGGAAGACAAGCUCGCAGCGUACCUGUCCUGGGAGGCCGCUCGGCAGAUGGCGCCAUUCUUCCUUCCCGUGCCAUCCGGCAUGCCCCUCAAUGACAUCUGCGUCUAUUCAAUGCAGAUGCUGCUCGGUAAAUCCGCAGCUCUGCUACCUUGCAUUCUCAAUCAUGUGACUAACGCCGUCCUCGACGACGUUCAGGCCAUCUUUGCCAGCAUUCGCCUGGCAUCCCAGGCGGCAAUACUCAAAGCCGAGUUUGAAAUUACGAACGGCCAUCAGUUGUCCGCUCUGGUCUCUCGGUUGAAGGGAAUGCACUUGAGGAUUGCAUACCCUGACAACAUAGAAAGUCUGCCUCGCCUAAAUAGCCACCUGGAUGCAAUCUCCGAUAUGAACAGUGGCUUUCUGGACAACUACAUCAGCGUCCUCAAGACAUCCUGGAAGCUCGGAACGCAGAACUUCGAUGGGGCCUUGAUGGUCGGGAUCAACGGGUUGAGAGUUACGUACGACUUGCAGCACAACACGUUGGUGCUUCCCGCGGAGUACCUGCUGCCUCCACUGUACGCUGUGGACUCUAUCUCGGCCGCAAACUACGGCACUAUAGGCGCAGCACUUUCCACGGGUCUGUGGUGGCCACACGUUCCUUUCUCGGGCCAAGACGUGGACAACUUGACCCUCCGCUCCCUCGCCGAGUAUCACGCCAAGAGUUUCCAGUGCAUCCGAGGAGGUAUUGUUCACGUUGAGGACGUCUUCUCGAUGCUGGCAAUGGAAGUUGUCACCGAAGCAUUUGGGUGGACCUUGAAGAAAUCGCCCGCCGAAGAAUCGGUCGAAGACUGGCAGCUUUUGUAUGUUACAAGCUGCUUGGCUUCCUGUGGCUCAGGUCUCAACUUCUGCCAGCUGGCUUCUGCGGGUCUGCCAAAGUUUCGGUCAGUCUUUCAAUGUGCUGCUCAAGUGGACCACAUGGAACCAUGUCACAUCGUCUAAUUCCCACUCUCUUGCGAUCACACCUACACAUUAUAUACAUUUCCCUUUGUUUGCAGAUAAGUAAGGCUCACUAAAAGCGUUUGCGGAUAAGUAAGGCUCAAAAAAGCUUUAAAGAAAAUUACUGGAUUAUUUUUCUGGCAUGUAUGGGACCAGCAAAAUAUAGUUGACUCAUUCAUCUAGGCCAUUUUUUCGAGUCGUGCUGAUACAUCGAUAAAAAGGGGCAGCUUAUGGAGCUUAGAGAUAACGUCCUUUCAACUCAGAUAUUUUGUAAAAUAAUGGGAUAGUUCCUUAAAGCAGUUCCUUAAACGGUGCUGCUUUCAAGAUUCUUAUGUUGUCAAACUCUGAACCCUUGAUGCCAGUAAACGCUGAUGAAGAAACGCUGAUUA